CAGAGGGAUUUCACAACAUAGCAGACUGCUGCAUUAAACCAAGAUGGAGAUUCUGUCUGGAACACACAUGCCGGGGAUCAUAUGUCUGGUCCUUCUGAUUGUUCUGUUGGCCUGCAUCAUGUACCAUCCACUGAAGAAAUACGUUCAGGACUGGAACGAGUUGAGGCCAAUCCCUGGAGUGGAAGGAGCAUAUCCAAUCAUUGGGAAUGCACUUCUUUUCAGCACUAAUGCAGGAGGUAAGAUCCUCUCCCGCGAGCUGUAUUUAGGUUAGGCUAUCUAAUAUUAAUAAUAAUGAUUAAUUAAUAAUUAAUAAUAAUACGCAAUAAUAGUAUAUUUUCUAUUUUUUGGUAGAUUUCUUCAACCAGAUUAUUGAAGGCACUAAGGAGUUCAGACAUUUACCAUUGCUGAAGGUUUGGGUUGGACCCCUGCCAUUGGUGGUCUUAUUUCAUGCAGAGACUGUGGAGGUAAUCGGCACACUGCUGGGACUUUUUACAACUUUUGUUACUGUUGACACUGACUGGAUAAUCAUCAGAUACCGUCAGAGAUAUAGCACAUUACCUAUCCAUUCAGCAUAACUUUAAUGUUUAAACUUAAUUUGGAUCCCCAUUAGCUGAUGCCAUGACAACAGCUAGUCUUCCAAUCUUUAGUUAAUUCUGGUCUCUUUUUCUGGCUCUGUUCUCAUUGUCAUGCUCAUUUCAUUUGUUCUCUUCCAAGGGGAUUCUGCACAGUUCCAAACACAUAGACAAGGCCUAUUUCUAUAGGUUUCUGCAGCCUUGGCUGGGUACUGGCCUACUCACCAGGUAGGCCAUUUUCCUCCUCCUUCCUUACCCCAUUAUCAAACACAGUAUUGGCAUUGAGGACUUUAAACUGAUUGCAUAUAGAUUCCAAUGUUGAUUGCAUCCCAAAUGGCACCCUAUUCCCUUUAUAGUGCACUACUUUUAACCAGGGCCAAUAGGGCUAUUUUGUCACACCCUGACCUGUUUCACCUGUCUUUGUGAUUGUCUCCACCCCCCUCCAGGUGUCGCCCAUCUUCCCCAUUAUCCCCAGUGUAUUUAGACCUGUGUUCUCUGUUUGUCUGUUGCCAGUUCGUUUUGUUUCGUCAAGCCUACCAGCGAUUUGCCCCUUGCUCCUGUCUUUUUCAAGUUCCUGUUUUCUAGUUUUCCCGUUUUGACCAUUCUGCCUGCCCUGACCCUGAGCCUGCCUGCCGUUCUGUACCUUGUCACACCACCCUGGAUUAUUAACCUCUGACUGCCCUGACCCUGAGACUGCCUGUCGUUCUGUACCUUUUGGACCCUGAUCUGGAUUAUUGACCUCUGUCUGCCCUUGACCUGUCAUUUGCCUGCCCUCUGUUUUUGUUAUAAACUUUUGUUACUUUGACACUGUCUGCAUCUGGGUCUUCUCCUGAAACGUGAUAGUACGAACUGGCCAUGACUGACACAGCAGACUCGGACCAGCUCCGCAACGCCAUCUCCUCCCAAGGAGCCACCAUUGGAAGGCACGAGGAGUUGCUUCGUGGUCUCAUGGAAGGGUUCCAGACCUUGGCCGAACACCAUGUCUGAGCGUUUAAUACAUCUGUUAGGCAGCCUACCACGACGGUAACCUCCCAGUCCCUCAGUAACCCGGCUGUUAGCAGCGCGGCCUCCCCGGCCACUCCGGUUUCCCAAGAACCCCGCUUCCCUCCCCCGGAACGCUUCGCUGGAGAGUCUCUAAGAUAGUGUACCUCAUCACGCUGAUGUCCAGGAUGGGCUACGGCAGUGUGGGAACAACAGUCGGCCGUAUGCUUCAGUCUGGAGGAGUUCAUGCAGGAGGUAAAGAAGGUUUUCGACGCUCCAUUGUCCGGGAGAGAGGCUGCCCGGAAGUUACUCCAGCUUCGGCAAGAAUCCCGCAGUGUGGCCAAAGUCGGGAUCUGCCGGUAGUUCCUGGGCUGCAAGCUCGGAUAGAUGGGCGACUACAGGAGCGAAGGAAGGAGAGGAAGGAUUCCACCUCGCCUCCGAGGCAUCCCGGAAGUCCCCGACGGCUCCGUUGCCCAGAGAACCCGAGGCUACCCGAGUUCCCCUGAGAGUCUCCGAAGUCUUCCGAUUCACCUCUUCCCGAGCCGAUGCAACUAGGCAGAGCUAGGCUGUCUCCAGCCGAAUGGCAAUACAGGCUUCACACAAAGAGUUGCCUGUAUUGCGGGACUACUGGUCAUUUUGUGUCCACCUGUCCACUAAAAGACCAGGCUGACCGUUAGGAGCGAGUACUCUGGUGGGCCAUACGGAAAUGUUUUCCUCUCCCCUUACUCGCACCCCCUUUCAUGCCAUCUUGCCAUGGGGGAACCAGUCAAAAUCUCUCUGGGUACUCAUCGACAAUGGGGCCGAUGAGAGCUUUCUGGACGCUACCGUGGCGUCCGAGCUGGGCAUCUCCACUCAGCCCCUCUCCAUUCCCAUGGAUGUUAGAGCUCUGGAUGGGCACUCUGUAGGCUGGGUCACCCACAAUACCAUCCCCAUCAACCUACGAGUAUCAGGGAACCACAGCGAGACGAUCCAAUUCCUGCUAAUGAAGUCUCCUCAGGUUCCCGUGGUAUUGGAUUUCUCUUGGCUCCAGCGAUACAACCCCUUUAUUGACUGGUCUACUGGUGCCAUCACGGGCUGGAGCCCGUUCUGCCACGCUCAUUGCCUGAAGUCAGUGCAGCCUUCCCCGGGACAUCUUCCUGGGGGCUCGGAAAUUGCCUCUGACCUCUCCGCCAUUCCCGCAGAGUACCAGGACCUCCGGUAGGUGUUCAGCAAUGCCAGGGCGACUUCGCUUCCGCCGCACCGACCCUACGACUGCGGAAUCGACCUUCUCCCUGGCACCACUCUGCCCUGGGGACGACUGUACUCGCUGUUGGGUCUGGAGACCAAGGCUAUGGAGACCUACAUUGAGGAAUCCCUAGCUGCCAGGUUCAUCCGUCCUUCUGCCUCCCCCACCGGCGCAGGGUUCUUCUUUGUGGAGAAGGAGGACAAAACUCUGCGCCCAUGCAUCGACUACCAGGGUCUCAACGACAUCACGGUGAAGAAAUGCUACCCGCUGCCACUCAUCUCCCCGGCCUUCGAGCCGCUCCAGGGGGCCAACGUGUUCUCCAAGCUGGACCUACGGAACACCUACCAUCUGGUGCAGAUACGGGAGGGGAACGAGUGGAAGACUGCCUUCAACACAGCCAGCGGUCACUACGAGUAUCUGGUCAUGCCAUUUGGCCUUACCAAUGUUCCAGCUGUGUUCCAGGCCCUGGUUAAUGAUGUUCUCCGUGACAUGUUGAAUCGGUUCAUCUUCAUCUACCUCGACGACAUCCUCGUCUUCUCCCGCUCCGCCCAAGAACACGUACUCCACAACCGACUGGUCCUCCAACGCCUCAUGGAGAAAUGUGAAAGUGGAGAAAUGCGAAUUCCAUCGCUCCACCAUCCCCUUCCUGGGCUACAUCAUCACUGCAGGGAGUGUACAGAUGGGUCCCGGGAAGGUGAGAGCGGUGGUGGAUUAGCCCCAGCCUACGUCCAGAGUGCAGCUGCAACGUUUCCUGGGAUUCGACAACUUUUAUCGCUGCUUUAUCCGGGGUUACAGCACCCUGGCUUCCCCCCAUCUGCACUCACCUCUCCCAAGGUUCCGUUCACAUGGUCCCCAGCUGCGUUCCGGGACCUCAAACACCGUUUCACCACUUCUCCCGUCUUGGUUCAUCCUGACCCAUCCCGCCAGUUUGUGGUGGAAGCCGACGCUUCGGAUGUCGGAGUGGGGGCGGUCCUGUCCCAGCGUUCGGCCCUGGACCUCAAGUUACAUCCCUGCGCCUUCUUCUCCCAUCGCCUCAACACCAAGGAGAGGAAUUACGAUGUGGGAAAUCGUGAGCUUCUCACGGUGAAGAUUGCGUUGGAGGAGUGCAGGCACUGGCUGGAGGGGGCGGAACAUCCGUUCAUUGUGUGGACAGACCACAAGAACUUGGAAUAUCUCGGCACCGCCAAGUGUCUCAAUUCCAGGCAAGCUAGAUGGGCCCUGUUUUUCACCUGGUUCAACUUCUCCCUCUCAUACCGACCGGGAUCCAAGAAUGUCAAGCCAGAUGCACUUUCACGCCGCUAUAGCCUCGCUGCUACACCCCGGAAUCCGAGACCAUCCUUCCCACCUCGUGCUUGGCGACGGCACUCAGUUGGGGAAUAGGAAAGCAGGUCCGGGAGGCGCAGCAUUCCCAGCCGAUAACCGGAUGUUUGUUCCUGACGCUGUCCGCUCCUCGGGCCUGGAGUGGGCCCACUCCAGGCUUGCCUGCCACCCGGGCUCCCGUCGGACCCUGGCCUUUGUGCGACAACACUUUUGAUGGCCUACCAUGGUUCCUGACGUCUCCGCGUCCGUCGCCACCUGCACGAUCUGUGCGCAGAACAGGACUACUGACCUCUGCCUGCCCUUGUCCUGUCGUUUGCCUGCCCCCUGUUUUUGUAAUAAACAUUUGUUACUUCGACACUGUCUGCAUCUGGGUCUUCUCCUGAAACGUGAUAUAUAUAAAGAAUAAGAUGCCAUCUGGGACAUACUCCAGGUAAUGUUCUCUCUGUCCUGACUCUAACAGCACAGGGGAUAAGUGGCGUGGCAGAAGGAAGAUGUUGACCCCGACUUUCCAUUUCUCCAUCCUGGCUGAGUUUCUGGAGGUGAUGAAUGAGCAGGCUGAGGUUUUAACACAGAAACUGGAGAAGCAGGCGGGAGGAGAUCCAUUCAACUGUUUUAGCUACAUCACACUCUGUGCUUUGGACAUUAUUUGUGGUGAGUGACUGAUUUUGGAAUGGCACUGUAAAAUAAACUCUCCAAAUCUGUGAUCAAAAUCAUUUGUAAUAAAUGCCACAUUGUUUCCUAUUUUUUGCUUUGGUUUCAGAAACAGCAAUGGGAAAGAACAUCUAUGCACAAAGUAACAGUGACUCUGAGUACGUCCGCAGUGUGUACAAGUAAGUAAUAACAUGUUAAUAAACAUGACAGUCUUAUACACUGUCAACAUCCUGUCUACAUCCUGUCUGUUAGAUUUACUGAGCUCUCUUUACAGAAUGAGUGACAUCAUCGGCCGUCGCCAGAGAGCUCCCUGGUAUUGGUCAGACUUCAUCUACAGUCUGUUAUGGGAGGGGAAGGACCAUGACAAUAGACUGAGGAUCCUCCAUUCAUUCACUGAGAGUGUGAGUACAUCUACUGAGGUCUUUAAGGUACUUAUUGUAUGUCCAACACUUUAGCGUUUGUGGUUUGGACUGCCAAAAAUGAUCAUGCUAACAAAAUGGUUAUUACAAUAUAUAACAGAUAAGAAAUGAUUCCAGUUGAUUGACUCUUGUCUGUUAUAUAUUAUAAUAACCAUUUUGUUAGCAUGGCUAUUGGCACAGAUUUAUUUUGAACAAAAAUGAAAUAUAAAUGUAUGGUAUUAAUGUUUGUGUAAUCUCCAGGUGAUCAAGGAGAGAGCAGAAAGCAUGGAGAAUGAAGGUUCUGACAGUGAAUCUGACCAUGGUAUCAAAAGGAGAAGACUUGCCUUCCUGGACAUGCUGUUAAAAGCCACUGAUGAGGAGGGAAAUUACUUGUGCCAUAGUGAUAUCCAAGAGGAGGUGGAUACCUUUAUGUUUGAGGUAGUGUAACAAAACCCACCACCAGUAUGAUCACACAUUUAGCAUGUGACUCCACUGAGUUCCUCGGCAAUAGAACAAGACUUCACACUGUAAGUGGGAUAGUUCCUCUUUGUACUUGAAAUUACUACAUGUACAUUAGACAACUGCUCAUAACCCUAAUGCGUCCCAAAUGGCACCCUAUUCAACACAACCCUAAUGCGUCCCAAAUGGCACCCUAUUCAACACAACCCUAAUGCAUCCCAAAUGGCACCCUAUUCAACACAACCCUAAUGCGUUCUUCUGAAUGAUUGUGUGUGGUUAGGGCCAUGACACCACAGCAGCCUCUAUGAACUGGGCCCUUCACCUACUGGGAUCCUACCCUGAAGUCCAGACCAAGGUCCAGGAGGAGCUCCAAGUGGUGUUCGGUAAAUACACUCCUUCUUUUCAUUCAUAUUCCUGUUCCUCUUCCCAUUUGACAGUUGUUUUACAUAUAUCCACGUCUCUCUGUCUUAAUACUGCUUUACAUUGAUAUUGAUCUUCUCUCCUCUUCCGAUGUGACCAUUGUAUUAUAAAAUACCAUCCAUAUGUCCCUCUUUUUCCCACCCAGGUUCCUCCAACCGCUCCGUCACCGUCGACGACCUGAAGAGGUUACGUUACCUGGAAUGCGUCAUCAAGGAGACCCUACGCCUCUUCCCCGCUGUGCCCAUGUUCGCACGCACCGUCAGCGACGACUGUCACAUCAGUAGGUGGCAGCAGAUUGUCCCAAAGUGCACGUUUACCUGUAAAACGCCAGCAGACUGAGAUCCUCCCUGUUUGAAGCCAUCUCAGUGAAACAGCACAUGUCAGGUCUGGCAGCCUGUUCUCCAUUCAUCCCGCUUUCCGUAAAAGCAUUUUCUGAUAGCGUAACACCAAGGCGGAAGCAAAUGGGUGGAGUUCACUGUUGUUCUGUCUCGUGUUAGUAAUUCGGUCUUCCUUCUCAGGCUGGGCAAGCAUCUGUUAGUCUGAGUUUGGAUAAAUGUCACUCUUUGCCAAAGGACUGAGUUUGAUUCCACUGUGUGACCAAGCAACACCCCUACUUAAUACAAGUCAGUGUUUACUGCAGGGAGUAAAUAUUGACAUGAUGAUUCACGCAACUGUCAGCACAAUGAGCCCACAGUUAGAAAUUAAUUACAUGUAAUUCCAUGACUGAUACUCAAUAUCAUCCCAUUGCAGAUGGCUUUAAAAUUCCUAAAGGAGUGAAUGCCCUGAUCAUUCCCUUCGCCCUGCAUCGCGAUCCACGAUACUUCCCGGAUCCCGAGGAGUUCCGGCCAGAGCGUUUCCUAAUAGAGAACAGCACAGGACGACAUCCCUACGCAUACAUCCCCUUCUCCGCUGGACCCAGGAACUGCAUUGGUCAGCUCAGGACAUAUUACCAUUCAUAUCUCUCUCUCCUCUUAAUAUGGGUCUAAUAUACAAACCAUGAUAUAUCAAAAUGAUGGCAAUGGUACAGACACAGGGCAAGGACUCAAGUUGAAUCAAAGACGCAGCUAAAUGGUUUUGACCCACAGUCUGGCUUCAGGAAGUGGAAAAAACCCUGAAAGGAGAAGCUCAAUUUAGGAGGGGUCACAUUGCAUUUAGGCCAACACUUAUUAUGAAACAGCUUCCUCACUUACCUCUUUUAUGCUCCCAUUCUCUUUAAGAGCCUGCUCUUCCUCAAGAAUCAAUCAUCCAUUUAGCGAGGAGGAGCAAAGGAGCACUGACUCUCCAUCUCCUGAGAGGAGAGCCGCUGCCGCCAAUUAGCCUUGUCUCCCACACACUGAAUGAGACAGAUUGUUUCUCACCUCAAGAUGAUGGCAGAGAGAAAGGGAGAGAGCUGGAGAGAGAGGACAGAGAGAGAGAGGAGAGGGAGAGAGAGAGAGAGAGACAAAGAGAGAGACCCACAAAAGCAUUCCCACAAAAGCUGAAUGAAAGAAAACAGUUCUCUGAUUUUACAGCCAGAUAGUUGUCUACUGUAUGUCUGAAAUCUGUCUUGCCUACUACUUACUAAAACUACAGACUGUGUACUAAUACUACUACUUACUAAAACUACAGACUGUGUACUAAUACUACAUACUAUUUUGAACUAUUUUGAUUAUCAGCUGUUGUGAAACACCUGUGAGUGUGAAAAGACAAUUCUCUUCCUCAAUAGUGUGCAGCAAAUUCUACUUGAUAAAAAUACGAAAUUAGUAUGACAUCCUGGCAUUUAAAGCAUACUCAAAUUUCAAAAUUUCACAUACUAUAAAACUUUGUAUUUUCGAAUACCCAAAAAGCCUACUAUUUAGAACGCAAGUAUGGGUAUUCGGAAACGGCCUAUGUCAGUGUAUGGUGUCCUCACAUGCAUGUCUGUAUGUUGUGUGUCUCCAGGCCAGCGGUUUGCCAUGAUGGAGGAGAAGGUGGUGCUGUCUUCGGUGUUGCGUCACUUCUCUGUGCGGGCCUGCCAGAGCCGAGAGGAGCUGAGACCUCUAGGAGACCUCAUACUCCGACCAGAGAAGGGCAUCUGGAUUACGCUAGAAAAGAGACAACGCUAGAGAAGAGAGCCUAGUGAAGAGAUGCUAGCCUCCACCUGCAAACAGCUUCCACUAUGGUACUUUGUCAUGUCGUAAUACAUUGUUUUGUUGUAGCCUCUUUCUGAAUCUUGUGUCAACAUUAUAGCAAGUGUUUUUUUAAUAAACAAAAUGAUGUAUGAAGGUUAAAUUGUUGUCUUUAGUUGAAUAAAGCAAAACAGAGGGAUUCUGGCUAGAUUUACAUUUACAUUUUAGUCAU